CCGGGUCGUAUAUCAGGUUUAUAUAGAUUAAAAAGAAAACAGCCAGUCUCGAAGUGACAUUAUUAUUGAAACAUUACAAAACCGCGACCUUGGCUAAGCGGUUGUUAUUUUCUUUCCCCCCUCCUUUAUUUUCAACUACGUUUUGAAAUAAUACAAAACACAUGUAUGACGCAGCGCGUCAAACGCGACAAGUCGAAUUUUUUCACUUUUUAAACGAUUUAUUUAAACGAGGCGUUGUUACAAAAUGGACAGCCUUCAACUACCUCAACAUGGGAACUCACCCAAAUAUAUACGACGCAAAAAUAAUAUUAUUGAUCCAAAUAAUGCUAUUCUUUACUGCAAAAAAGAAGUAAUUGGAAACAAUUAUAUCAAACGUAAAUGCGGUUGGACGGGGGUUUUAAGUGAUAUAGUAACCCACAUAAAAUCCCAUCAUAAAGAAAAUUAUUUCAAUGGAGAUAAUGGAAAGUUGAUGUUUAAAUGGCAGUUACCUUCGUAUGGAGAUCGAGAAGAUUUUGGGGUGAUUCGAAACGAUAUGAAUUUUCUGCUUUAUAGUUUAUAUUACUCAGAAAAAAUGAAAGAGUUGACUAUAACCAUUUGGAAUAUGAGUCCCACCAAAAAUAAUCUUUAUUACCAAACAACUUUGUGUCACCACCAUCAUGAAAAAGCUUAUACGGGGACAAUAAAUAACAUUCAAAGUAUAAAUAAUGAGGGGUAUGUCCCUUCGAGUAUAGUAUUACAAACUGAUGAUAUUGAACAUUAUUGUGAUGAGUACAAAACGUUUAAAUUUUCAUUACGCAUAUUUUAAAAUUAUUUUAUAAUAAAUCACCACAUUUUUAUACAUAUUAUUCAUUAUGUUAUAUCAUCAUGUUAUUGUUAGUAAUUUUAUAGUUUUAAUUUUAUAUUUUCUAUAAUUAUACAUACUGUAUUUGAAUCUUUGUGAUUUGCAAAUAGACUGUUAUAUUAAAA